CAACACAGUGUAGAGAAGGAGAGACGGGUCGACGGGAUGAAGCAGGAGCACUCGGACUGUCUUCUCCGGUAAACAAGCGGAGCAAGAGCCUGGAAAUCACUGGCGGAAAGCCGCGGAGGAGUGGGGGGGAUUUCGGGGACACAGCCAUGGCGACGGGAGGAGUAGGAGGAGGAGGAGGCGUGAAGCGGCGGAGGAAAGCGGGGCUCCCGGGAUUCUGCUGGAAAACCUGCUACUUUCCCAUUUUGUUCUGGGUCGUUUCUGUGUGCGGGGAGGAGAACACGCUGAUUGUGGAGACAUGGCUGAAGAACUAUGGCUACCUGCUGCCUCACGACGUCCGCACGUCAGACCUGCGGCAGGAGAAAGCCAUGCAGUCCGCUGUGGCCGCCAUGCAGCGCUUCUACGGCAUUCCCGUGACGGGAAUACUGGACGAGACAACUAUAGAGUGGAUGAGGAGACCUCGCUGUGGCGUUCCAGAUCAUCCUCACACCAGCCGCCGUCAGAGGAAUAAACGCUACGCACUGACGGGACAGAAGUGGAGGGAUAAAAAGAUCUCCUACAGCAUAUCUAACUUCACCCCUAAAGUGGGAGAGAAGGACACUCAGAGAGCGAUCCGACAAGCCUUCAACGUGUGGCAGACCGUCACGCCGCUCUCCUUCCAGGAGGUGCCGCACUCGGAGAUCAAGAACGAGGGGAAGGAGGCCGACAUCAUGAUAUUCUUUGCCUCUGGUUUCCAUGGCGACAGCUCUCCGUUUGACGGAGAGGGGGGUUUCCUGGCCCACGCGUACUUCCCCGGCGCCGGCAUUGGAGGAGACACACACUUCGACUCCGACGAGCCCUGGACGCUGGGCAACGCCAACCACGACGGUAACGAUCUGUUCCUGGUGGCGGUGCACGAGUUGGGUCAUGCGUUGGGUUUGGAGCACUCCAACGAUCCCAGCGCCAUCAUGGCUCCUUUCUAUCAGUACAUGGACACGCACAACUUCAAGCUGCCGCUGGACGACCUGCAGGGCAUUCAGAAAAUCUACGGCAUCCCCACAGCCAUGCUGGAGCCGACCAGGCCGUUACCCACCUUACCCUCCCGACGCCCACACUCCACCUCCGAACGCAAACACUCCCGCCCGCCUCGCCCCCCCGGCGACCGGCCGGCGCUGCCCGGAAACGGCAAACCCAACAUCUGUGAAGGCAACUUCAACACUGUGGCCUUCUUCAGACGGGAGAUGUUCGUCUUCAAGGAUCGCUGGUUUUGGCGUCUGAGGAACAACAAGGUGCAGGAGGGUUAUCCCAUGCAGAUCGAUCAGUUCUGGAAGGGUCUGCCUCCUCGCAUCGACGCUGCCUACGAGAGGUCGGACGGCAAAUUCGUCUUCUUUAAAGGUGAUAAGUACUGGGUGUUUAAGGAGGUGACAGCCGAGCCCGGUUACCCCCACAGCCUGGUGGAGCUGGGCAGCUGCCUCCCCAAAGACGGCAUCGACACGGCGCUGCGCUGGGAGCCGGUCGGGAAAACCUACUUCUUCAAAGGAGACCAGUACUGGCGCUACAACGAGGAGAAACGCACGGCCGACCCAGGAUACCCCAAACCCAUCACCGUGUGGAAGGGGAUCCCCGACGGACCACAGGGGGCCUUCAUCAGCAGGGAGGGAUACUACACGUACUUCUACAAGGGGAAGGACUACUGGAAGUUUGACAACCAGAAGCUGACGGUGGAACCCGGAUACCCUAAGUCCAUCUUGCGUGACUGGAUGGGUUGCGACCAGUCUGACAUGGAGCGCUCUGGCAGCAAGGGUAACCGUGGCGACCGUCAGCUGCCUCUGGACGACGUGGACAUCAUGGUGACCAUCAAUGACGUCCCAACGACUGUCAACGCCAUCGCCGUGGUGAUCCCCUGCAUCCUGUCACUGUGCAUCCUGGUGCUGGUGUACACCAUUUUCCAGUUUAAAAACAAAGGAGUGCAGCAGAACACCAUGACGCCACACUACUACAAAUACCCGGUUCAGGAGUGGGUAUGACAGGCAACUCCCUUUCGAAGACGUCAGUGGUUGAGGGUUGAUGGUGGUCAAGCAGUCGACAUGUUGUUGGCUGGCAACCAGGAACGCUAGCGAAAAACAAUGGAAGAUCAAUUCUGACAGAUACGUAAAUGUGCUAGCUAGAAACAAAACGACGCACACUUAAAAUACUCUACAAAGUAGAUUUAGACAUUGGCUCCGAGUGUUUGUGUGUUUGUGCGACAGAGAAGGCCCGUCUUGUGACUAAAACACUUCAGUGUUAAACAGCAAGUUCACUGACUUUGUGUUUUUCCGUUCGCCAGCCAGAGAGGGAGCUUUAAACAAACUGAGGACAGUGCUGAAAAGUCUUCUUGGACUCCCAUGUGAUUGGCUAAGACGAGACAAACAACAGAUUUCUUGUCGUCUGACACCUGAUUUGCUCACAACUUCUCCGGCUUAGUGAAUCGGGGUCUUUGGAGCGAUACUGAACUUUUACUACUACUUUUGGGACCUACAACACGACUCUCCUUCUCAGCGGAAAGAAAAAUAUCAAGAAAUAGGAUUUGGGGCAGGAAGAAUCUGCUCCUUAAAGCCACAAACCACCUCCAAGUCUGUCCCUACAACAGCUUGUACACUUGAACUACUUCAAUUAUUAAGACAGAUAAAAAAAAUAAUGGGGGAAAAAAAAGAAAUGGAAUAGUUAAAAAUAUCAAACUUGAAGAAAAACUUAGGUAGAAAGGCCAUAACUUAAAGAAAACCACGGAUCUCUUCUUGGAUCGUGAAUUAAGUUUAGGUUGUUUAUACAUUUUUUAAUCUGUUGAAUUUUCAAAGAGGACCUUUUUCUCUCGUGUUUUCACUCAACACAACAAAAACAUUUCAUCACCAUCAUCUUCGUCCUGUCAAUUUAAAACCACCCUGAGCUAGUCACACAGAAAGGCUUGGAUUGAUGCUGUUUGGAAAGAUGGGUUUUUUGGUAGACGUAGAAUCAUAAGUCAUCGGCGUAUAACAAUAUCCCAGAUUUAUAAACGGUCAGGAUCAAACGUUUAACUAGUUGCACACAGCGGGGCUGGUAUUUGUGAUAUUGCUGAAAUUGAAACUUACUAACCUUGCUCUCAAACUUAAGAAUACAAGGUUUUAAUCAGGUCUCCUUCAACUUUAAAAGGCUCUAUGGUAUCUAAGCAGAGUUAUUGUUGAGUUAAUCUGAGACUCUUUAGUUUCUAAAACAGUUUAGUUUGCAGAAGAUCACUGGUUAUGAUUAGAGAUGUAACGAUACGUUUAUCUCCCGAUGCUUUGCGAUAUUGGGUCCAGGAAGCGAUUUUAUCACAAUUUUCUAACUUUUAUAAAGAAAGGAGAUUGAAGUUAAUUUCUGAAUAAAUAUUCUUUUAUUUCAAUUCUCUGAAGUUAAAAUGUAAAAUAUCCCUUUUCCUCAUUUUUAAAAAAAUAAUAUAUGUAAAACUUUUUAAUGUUCAGGACUUAUGGUUACAUUUAGCGCCCUCUGCGGGUCAACAAAGAGUCUGCCUAUGUAUUUUUUAUUUCUACAGAUUUGUCUGGGGCUUUUUAUGCCUUUAUUUGGAUAGGACAGAUAAUCAGACAGAGAGAGCGUGAAGACCGUAACUUAAUUGCUAGGGCCAGGCAUAGGCGCCACAAAGGCAUCGUACAUUUUAGUCUUAUCGAUUUUAAAUUGUCCAUAUCUGAAUCGAGUUUUAAUCAAAUUGUUAGGUGUCGUUACAUCCCCUGUAAUGCUGAAAAUAAUAUUGUGGGCAUUUUAGUUGAGCAUUAUCAGACUCUAUACAGCACUUUGCUUUUUUAAAUUUGAAGUGGUUCAAAGCUGGCAAUCCACAUUCCUUUUCUUUCAGAAACAUUUUCCACCACUUAAAAACAAAAUCUUGAAGCAGAUUAAUGUCAGACGGUUUUCGUUGGAUUUCUAUAAAUUAUGCUACACCGAUGUUCAUUUGACAUGUUAGUUGCUGCUUAAGGUAUCCAGUAUUUCACGCUUAUAGAGCAAACCCUCUGAGAAAAAAGGCUAAAUCAACUUUAAGGAUUUUUAAGGGUAGAUCAGAGGGUAAUUGUGUGUGUUUGACUGAACAUGCACUUUAAUAAUCACUCAAGAGCUGCUCUAAAUGUUAAUAUAUCACUUUGCUUGCAGCUGGAGUGUUUCUCCGCAAAGUUUCUGAAUUUUUAAAUCCUAGAUUGGGUCUUCAGAACAUUUGCGAGUGUAGUUCUUUGUAGUUUCCUUGGCCAUAGUCAGACGAGUUAGUUUGUUCUUUGAGACUGACUUAUCCUCAUUUGUACUUUUCACUUUCUCCAAACUCUACUGAGGAUGGAGGCUUGAAAGAAUUGAAAAAGGCAAGAAAAAGAAGGGAAGAGUAAGAAGGAGUAAAAGGAUGUGAGGAUUUGAAUAGACAAAAGGGGAAGAGAGGGAUGCACAGAGGAUUUAUGCGGGUCUGUAUUAGUAUGCUGGCUGUGGCACGGCGACAUCGACCAAGCUUAAUGAAGUACUUCUGUUCACAAAGCUCUAAUAGGGGCUACUCGCCCUCCAGAUCCCUGGCUUUAAUCCGACUGUCUUCCCCUUUGUUAUUUCUCACUGUCCUCUUGUAAUUUUCCCAUCCGUCUGGCCUCUCCUCUGUCAGCUGCGCUCUCUGUUGUUCAGUCUUUACCCCUUUUCACCUUCUCUUCUGUCCAUCUGUGCUGCUUUCUCUCAACACUCACUUUACAUCUUGAAGCUAUAGCGCCUUACAAUAAUUAUCAAAACACCAAAUGUAUACCGUCUGCAAAACACUCAACCUCACAUAUUCUACAUGUUCUAACAAAGAGUAAAGAAGAUGGCAUUAGUCAUUACUUUUGUUAGGAUUUCUUGUUGUGUUUGACCUUAAAUUGUCAACUUUUACAUCACAGAAUGAUCUGUCGACAUACUUAGAGGCAAGUCCAGUUUAUUUGCAAAGUUCAACUGAUUGUAAUUCAAAAUGCUGCACGCAAGAUAUUUAAGGCAUUCAAAGAAGGUACCAGUAGGACGUAUUAAAGGAUACAAAUAAGGUUUGAAGAGUUGAAAAUUUAAAUGUUUUUUUGUAAGAAUUGCAUUUCAAAGAAUUUAGAGUUAAAAGAGUUUUGGUUUCGGGUUUGUGGAGUAUAAAAACCCAACAAUGUUUCACCAGGAUUGGUUUUCACUCUCGGGACAGUCAGCAGAAAUUAUCCCUGACCGUUUAAGCGGUCCUAAAAUUCUAUUACAAAGCAGAAAAUCAGUCACAGGACCCUCUUAUUUCAAACCUAACAGUAUUUUAAAGAUAAUUCUUUGACAAAAAGGAAGUCUUUGUAAAGGUCUGAGAACUCAACUGAGGGACCAUUUACAAGUUGUGAUGCAACUUGUUCCUCAAUAUAUACAUAUAUAUAUAUAUAUAUAUAUGUAUACAUAUCUGUGUGUCGUCUACAUAUCAUGACAAGCUGUAGCUGCUUCUCUCACUUUACGGAUUGGAGCUAUUAUGUCAAACGGAAGAGGACCAAGAAUGGAGCCUUGGGGGACUCCAGAUAUAUUUUAACACUGCUCCUCAAGUAGUAAAAACGUUUUGCAUUUUUUUUUUUGCAUUAUAGUUUAGGUAAUUGACAUCAAAUUAAGGUUUUAAAGUAAGCGGGAUCUGUCGCAAAAUCAAAAAAGACCAUCUUGUUUUGACUCUAGUGUAGUCAACUUUCUGAAUUACAGAAGGAAAGUGAAGACUUGAUGGUACCCCCUCCAGAAAUAUGAAAAUCUUGUUACAUUAACAAGAACAAGCUGUUUCUCAAGUCUUAAACUACUGCCAUUUAGAGGAUGGGACAUGUUAAGUUCCUAUGUUCUAAUGUAAAUGAGAUUUAUCCAUUAAAAGACGCACGCACAAAUAGGUAGACAUGAGUCAUCUUAUUUAAAUCUCAAAUCCUCAUAAUGCCUUUCUUUAUACAGCCGCACAGCAGUUCCAAUUUAGCAUGCUUUAUUUAUACACAAACUGCUCAUUAGGAAGUCAUUAACUCCAGUAUGAGUCACUCAGAGGUCAGUCCCCUCCCCUGAGGGGGUUUAGAGUCCCCCAUCCAUGACCUCCUACCCCAGGCUAGAAAUCACAGUUGCAGGGCGAGAAGGAAAUCCCGACUGAGUCACUGUUUCUGCAGACUUUGUGUCAGUGAAGGGUUUUAAUGCCUGACUUUAGCAAAGGAGAUUAGUAAAAAACUAAUUUGAUAUUUUAGAAAAUGCUUUGUCAUCAGGCCAACAACCUUUAUCUUGUUCCUGAAAAGCUUUAGAGAGUAGUUAUAUAUCUAUACUUUCCAUAUAUACACCCACACACAAUCCCACAUUAAUAAUGCAGUACGGUGCAUCCUAUCGUUCCACAUCAUUUUCAAGGCUACUUUACAUUUAAAAGGGUACAUUAUGCCUGCUUCUGUACAUCUGCCUCUCUGUCUGCCUCUACCCUUGUUCUUGUUCUUCUUCGCUCAGCUUUGUACCGUGUUCACCGAGCUCUCUGUCCUGCAGUGAUUGAAUGUGUUUUCGCUGCAUAUCCUUGCAAUUACUCGCUGCCGUCAAGAGCGUUUCAGCACAUGCAGCAUUCAGCACAAAUCGAUGCCGUUCAAUAUCCCACAGCGCUAUUCCGACUUUGUUCUCAAGGGUGUACAAUAAACACAGAACAAGACAUUCUGCUCCUUUUACCUUGAAGCCUAUAUAGAGCGCACACGCUCUGUCUGCUGGGAGGGUUGUAGAAACAUGAAUGUCUAUCCAAAGAAAAUUGCCUAUUGGACCAAGCUUGUCUUUCUCUUGUGUUUACUCAGCUUUACCGUGAUCUGGACAGAAUUGCUGGUUUCAAGUCAAAAAUAUGAAUUUGUUUGACUUAAGGUCAGCAAAAAUUGAAAAGUUUUUUCCCAAACGGAGAUGGCCAACAUCUAGAUGAAGUAAAGGCUCACAUGCUAGGCUGCAACUAACAGCUGUAUUGCGCAGGAUGAAGUCUGAAGUUGCUCGUUCAUUGUCAGCCAACAAGGCAACUUAUUUAUAUUGCACAUUUCAAGUUCUUCUUCAUUCAAACAAAAAAGUUAAAAUCAAAGGAGCUCAAAUAUAUUAGUCCAAGCAGAAAAAAAUACAGUGCUGUUUUGAUAGUUAAAAUGAAUUUGGGUUAUUGAACUAAUUUGAUAAAUGGCAGCGGGUGAGUUGGUUGACAGAGUGUGUGGGGUAAUAAAGAAUCAAGGAAACAUCCUGAAACCACUGCGUGAAGUUUUAGUUGACUUACUUACCCAAGUGGAAACUGGCUCAGCAUGAAGCUUUAAAUGAUGAGAAAGUUCCCGGUUUCUGCUUCCGUGCAGCUCUAAGGCAACACGAGUGUAGACACUGAGACAUCUUUGUACUCGUAACGGCGGCUCUCAGCUGUGCGGUUUCACCACUUGACAUCGGUGCACACUUUGUCUAUAGCAGAGCUCCGGGCUAGUCGUGUAGCGUUGCAGGUUUGUCAUCAGCUGUUUUGUUGCUCUUUGUGAUUUAACAUGAGAGACGGAGAGCAGCCCUGCGCUUUCUUCCCUGAGGGGGGGUUAACCUUUCACUGAGCUAAUGAGGGGGUUUCCAUCCCACUUCACCACACACGCCCAAAUUCAUUUCACUCACUUUCACUUCUCUGUUGUGCUUGAUGCUGUUUCAUCGUGUUAAUGACAGAGGUGAGGUUGAUGGUGAAAAUGACGUGCAUACAGGAUUACUUUUCUUAACGGUCACUACUUGCUUUUGGUUUGAUAUGCAGGCAGAAUAAACAGACAUUUGUUUUGUACGUUGGAGUCGCUGCACUGAUGUAAUCUUGGAUUAAGUGCCUUGCUUCACGGCACUUCAGCAGUAGAAGUUAAAAGAGAGAAACGCACAUCUCAUGCAGUUCCUUAUACUCAUUUUUACAGCUCUUUCUGGGUGUUAAAGCUCAAUAUUUUCUGAUCGUUUUUUGUAUUUUUUCUGUUGCAGUCAAGGCUCCUGCUGCCUAUGUUUAUUUGACAAUGAAUGACUCCGGUUCUCACAUCAUCCUCAUCAGGUUUCAAUGGUUUUACGAGGGAAAAUAUGUGGAGGUUGGCUUGUUGAGUCGGCAGAAGCUUUUUUUGUUGGGCCUCACUUGAGGGGUCUAAAUGAUCAAAAGGUGCAAAAUGUUCAGGACAAUUCUCGAAGGUAUUGCUUCAACCGGCAGCCGCAAAACAAGAUAACACGAUAAUCUUUGUAGGUUUUUUACUUUGGAGUCUGGUGGCUUUGAUGAGAGCAGAGUAAAGGCUGUUCUUGAGAGCUCUGCGACUUAUAAAAACUUGAUGAAAAGCAGGAUCACGUGACCUUUAAGGAACAAAAUACAUCAAUCGCAUUGUUAUAAACGCGUUGGCUCUGACAGCCUUACUUUCAUUGCUUCCCAUCUAAGAAGAAGCUACAAAGAAAAUGUCAAAUUAUAUAUCGUGUUUGAUGACCCGUUAGCUUCCAUCAGACCACAAAUAACAUAACCAUCCAGUGAGUAGUGAGACUAACCAGGUGACGUUAACUCUGUGUGUAUUUUAUUAGCCAAAUUUACAUUGAUGUUACUACUCAUUUUUAAGCCAAAAAAAAACAAUGUUUACAGUACAGGUGGAGUGCAACGCCGGUGCUCUCACCUUCAGCAUCAUGAAUAUUGACCUCAAUCAAGUAGAUGUAUCCUUUUUUAUGGUCCCUGCAAUUUCAUCAGCCCAUUUGUUGAUUAGUUUUGAAGAAAGUUCUCGUAUCAAAGGAAGGUUUCCAGUCUAUUUAGUCAUUUUCACGCAAAAUUCACCAGACGCUAUACUCACACUCUUUUGUGGUGUCACUGAAAAAUGGCCGCCAUGUGAAUAUGGUCUAGUUAGUACAAUCUUUUGCAGCUGUCGGCUGGAGCAAUCCACUUCACAGUCACAGUACUUCUUAAACCUGUUAGUAACUUAGACCUAAAAGUUUGUUAAAAAAAUGGGAUCUAUAGUUUGAGAAUACGAGAGUAAACUCUUUAUAGUAGACAGCAAUGUGUUGGAUAUUAACACGGGGUUGGUGAUCAGGUAAAACAACCUUUCCAUCAUACUUUGCCUAAACAAAUCCAAUCACAUUUGGCUAAGAUAUGCAAAUCAUUCCUUCUGGGUUUAAGCGAAACCAGCCCCGUGUAUCCAGUGAAGUCUGAAAGUGUGUAUAUAUUUACUGAGAUUUACAGCAGAAUAGCAGUUUACAAGAGUACAGUGUAUUCAGCAGAUGUCUGUUUGUGGAAAUGGAAGAAGGUACUUGAAGAAAACGUACUGUUGUGAUUUAUUGUUCGCUUAUUCAUGCUACUUACACAUACGGACAAACUAUAUGUACAUGAGGUUUUUCAAAGUAUGUGGUGGACACUCUGGUCCACAGCUCUUCUGUUUGAAACAUAUUUAAUCACCUGGGUUCUGGUUUUUGCCUCAGAGGGCAAAGGGUCCUCUGAAAAUCUGCCUCUUUUAUGGUUAUUGUGAGCAGACCUGGGACAAACUGCCACUGAACGGUACCUCAUUUACACUGUUGGAUUUAUACUGUCUACACCUGCCACAGCUCCAUCCUCUUCGUCCUCGGUUUCACAAUCCUUUUCCGACCACUUCAUGUGCAUUUGUCAUGUUGGCAUUCCUUUCAAUUCAAAAGACAAAUGAAGGAAGGCGGGUCGACAGUGGCAGGCGGACAGGUUCAAAACAACCGUGGUCUCUGACAGCUUGUUGGUAUCUUCAGCUCGGGGUCGUUUUGUCCAAGGUCUGGUGGUGUUCUGGUGGCUUUGGACAACAGUGAGUUGCCUUUAAAGGUAGACUUAGUGAUCUGAGAUCGCCACUUCCAAACAAGGGGGGAAAAAAUAUGACGGAGAAUCAGGGCCACUUUAAAAACUAAAAAAUCUGAAUAAAGUUGUAAUAAUACGAGAAUAAAGCCGUAAGAGAAAGAAAUGAGGAACGUCCAGAAGCAAGGUGUGAACCUCCAGCGUUGAAAUGUGAAGCCAAUAUGUAAAAAACUGCAGUUCCUUGAGUGUCCACUUGGGGCUGGGGAACAUGUUUACAGCCUCGUACAAGAAAGGAAUUUGGUAUCAAUAGCGCCUGUCUUUAUUGGAACACAAGAGUUUUGCUUAAAACAGGGCGGGCUCAGAUGACUACCAAGUUUGCCAGGAGGCUAAAGGCUCGCCUUAACCCUGCCUCUUCUCCUGUUUCAUAUCAGUCAAAAGUAUGACUUGUGACAUUAAAGCAUAUAGGCUAACCAUAGAUCAAAGGUACGACUUUUUCCUCCUAGUAUUACAACGUUUUUUUUUAAACGUGGCCCUUAUACUCCAUCAUAAAAAAAAUAGGUUAUUUAAGAGAAACGAUCAAAGCGAGUUGACCGAUUUAAUCUCCUUUAAAAAGUGUCCAGGGGUUUGUUUUUAGUGGUUCUUUUGGUCCACACGCUGUCUCAUGUGUUCCUUCAGAAAAAUCUUUUAUAAGUCAAAUAGUCAGAGCUUAAAGAGCAUCAUAUGUGAAGAGAACAAACCCACCUCGAACAAACUGUGAGUUUGGAGAGUGGCGUCACGUGGCUAAGUCUUCCUUUAACUUGCCUGUUGUUGCCUUUAGUUUCUAACUUUUCUCUUUUCUUAAAAAAAAAAUAUAUAUAUACGUAGGAGAAUAAAAACAUAUCAAAGGUAGUCUGGGAAGACUUUUUAAGUAACAAAAUAUAUGAAAGUUCUUUGGAUAAUAUCACCACUACUACUACUACUACUGCUUCUAGGGAGAUUUUAUCAGAUAUAGCUUUAAGAGAGAUUCGAUUCUGUUUGUUUUUCUUAUGAAGAAAAAGACGAUUUUUCUGUAAAUACCUUCAGAUUUCAGUUUGGUUUUUGGGUUUUUUGACUAAAUGGGUUGAUUAUAAAAUCAAAAUGAAAAAAAUCUAACCUUGGCUCACCUCUUUACAUGCAAAACGAUGCACCGUUUCUUUUAUAGAAGUUCUCAUGUAGUCCUUUUCAGUCGGAAAUCAAAUAUCAGAUGAUGUAAAUAAAAAAGAACAACAGAAGCUUUUGAAAAGUUUUUCUAUUUUUAUUUCUCUUAUUUAAGAUGAAAGUCUUCAUCCUUUGCACAUCAUUUUUAUGACGAUGCUUAUGUUGGAUAGGCAUGUUUACGUUGUUUACUUGAAGAUUAUUCUGUGAUUCAAGUUUGAUUUCUGACGAGACAAAGUUUGAUUCUUUAAAACACUGACAUGACUGGAAGAGAGAUGAUUUUCUUUUUCUAUGUUUUGUUUUUCUGUCCCACGCCAAUUAUAUAUCAAUAACACCAUGUUCUGUUAACGAUGAAAUGUCAAUAAAAGUGAAAACUUCA